UCCAUGAUAGAGGAUACGAUGACUUUGCUGUCGCUGCUGGGUCGCAUCAUGCGCUACUUCUUGCUGAGACCCGAGACGCUCUUCCUGCUGUGCGUCAGCCUGGCGCUGUGGAGUUACUUCUUCCACACGGACGAGGUCAAGACCAUCGUCAAGUCCAGCCGGGACGCCGUGAAGAUGGUGCAGGGCAAGGUGGCCGAGAUGAUGCAGAACGAGCGGCUGGGCGGGCUCGACGUGCUCGAGGCCGAGUUCUCCAAGACCUGGGAGUUCAAGAGCCACAACGUGGCCGUCUACUCCAUCCAGGGCCGCCGCGACCACAUGGAGGACCGCUUCGAGGUGCUCACCGACCUGGCCAACAAGACGCACCCGUCCAUCUUCGGCAUCUUCGACGGCCACGGGGGCGAGACGGCAGCUGAAUAUGUAAAAUCUCGACUCCCAGAGACCCUUAAACAGCAUCUUCAGGACUACGAGAAGGACAAAGAAAAUAGUGUAUUAUCUUACCAGACGAUCCUUGAACAGCAGAUUCUGUCAAUUGAUCGAGAAAUGCUAGAAAAAUUGACUGUAUCCUAUGAUGAAGCAGGUACAACAUGUUUGAUUGCUCUUCUAUCGGAUAAAGACCUCACCGUGGCCAACGUGGGCGACUCUCGAGGAGUCCUGUGUGACAAGGAUGGGAACGCCAUUCCUUUAUCUCACGAUCACAAGCCUUACCAACUGAAGGAAAGAAAGAGGAUAAAAAAAGCUGGUGGCUUCAUCAGUUUCAACGGCUCCUGGAGAGUCCAAGGAAUCCUGGCCAUGUCUCGGUCCCUGGGGGACUAUCCACUGAAAAAUCUCAAUGUGGUCAUCCCAGACCCAGAUAUCCUGACCUUUGACCUGGACAAGCUCCAGCCUGAAUUCAUGAUCUUGGCAUCCGAUGGCCUCUGGGAUGCAUUCAGCAAUGAAGAAGCUGUUCGAUUCAUCAAGGAACGCUUGGAUGAACCUCACUUUGGAGCCAAGAGCAUAGUUUUACAGUCAUUUUAUAGAGGCUGCCCUGACAACAUAACAGUCAUGGUGGUGAAAUUCAGGAAUAGCAGCAAAACAGAAGAGCAAUGAUCCCAUCAGGGCCUCAGCUGCCUCAGAUUAAAGGACUUUCAACCUUCUGAUUUCUUGUAAGGUAGUGAAAGAAAAGGGAGUUACAAUUAGGAUCAUCCAUCCCAGACUUGGGAUUCUCUUUCUUAGAGGUUUUAGGUAGAAAUUUGGAAAGGAAAGCAGUGCUCUUGGUCACUGAAGUUGAGAAAUUGCAAAAUGGUUUCUUCACAUUUUCCCAACUAUUUCAUCUAAUGUCCAAAAUAGAUAGAUUAGAUAGCUGUAGGUCAGUGUGUAUGAGGUGAAACAUACAUGUGCCAUAUACUCUCCCCGUUAAGAUUCUUUUCAAGACCCAAAGGCAGGCUCUCAAAGCUGUAGGAGACAGACUGAAGAGACCCCUCUGAGUCAGAGCUGAUAUGACAGUGCCCUAUGAGAAUGCUUUGUCCUCCUGAUCUUAGGUUUCUGUUCAGCAACAGUCCAGAAAUAGAUCUGGAGUGGCUUAGUAUUUCUAUGACUGCUUGAAGUCUGAGAAAAAGGAAAGAGGAUGAAAUAUGCCAUCUUAGUAGAAGCAACCUCUUCCCCAUUAGUUAAAUAGACUUUCUGUUUUCCC